ACAAGCUUCUCCAGUUCACAAUGGCCAAGCUCAACCUUCUGCUUCUCACGCUACUCCUCACUCCCCUCUUCCUCACUUCCAGUUCUGAUUCGGUGCGGCCCACCGACGCCGAGCUCCGACCUCUCUUGAUCAUCAAGAGGGAUUGGGGCAACCCUACUGCACUCAGCUCAUGGAAGAACACCAGUAGCAACACCACUGCCUCUAGUCCUUUCACUCACUGCGAAUGGGCUGGGGUUACUUGCAACGACAACGGCCAAGUGACCGCCCUCUCCUUCCAAAAUUUCAACAUAUCCAAUCCAAUCCCUGCCUCCAUUUGCAGCCUCAAAAAACUAGCGUAUCUAGACCUCUCCUACAACAACCUUGCCGGCGAGUUCCCGGCGGCAGCGCUCUACGGUUGCUCGGCACUUCACUACCUCGACCUGUCCAACAAUCUCUUCUCCGGCGUCCUCCCAACUGACAUCAACGGCAAACUGUCGAUGCAGAUGGAGCACCUCAACCUGUCAACCAAUGGUUUCAGCGGUAGUGUGCCGUCGGCAAUUGCCGGGUUCCCAAAGCUCAAGUCGUUGAUUCUCGACACUAAUAGCUUCAACGGGACCUAUCCGGGCUCGGCCAUCGGCAGCCUCACCGAGCUCGAGACGCUGACGCUAGCAAGCAACCCAUUUUCACCAGGGCGUAUCCCUCAUGAUUUCAGCAAGCUGAAGAAUCUAAAGAUGCUGUGGAUGUCAGGGAUGAACCUGACUGGUGUUAUACCCUACGCUCUCUCAGCGCUCACUGAGCUUACUGUGUUGGCUUUGUAUGAGAAUAAUCUUGAGGGCGCAAUUCCGGCGUUUGUUUGGAAGCUUCAGAAGCUGGAGUUCGUGUACCUUUACGCCAACAGCUUCAUGGGUGCAAUUGGGCCAGAGUUCACUGCUGUCAACAUGCAACAGCUUGACCUAUCGGGGAACAGCCUCUCCGGAGUGAUACCGGAGACCAUCGGUAACAUGAAGAACUUGACACUGCUCUGCUUAUACAACAACUACUUCACCGGGUGGAUUCCGUCGAACAUCGGGCUGCUCCCCAACCUCGUAGACAUCCGGCUAUUCAACAACAUGCUCUUGGGCACCCUCCCGCCAGAGCUCGGAAAGCACUCGCCACUCGGCAACCUUGAAGUGAGCAACAACUACCUCACCGGCGUGCUCGGGGAAACCCUGUGCUUCAACAAGAAGCUCUACAACAUCGUGGCGUUCAACAACAACUUCUCCGGCGUGUUCCCGGCGAUCCUGGGGGCGUGCGACACACUGGACAAUAUCAUGCUGCAGAACAACAACUUCGUCGGUGAGUUCCCGGAGAAGAUAUGGUCGGCGUUGCCCAAGCUGACCAGCGUUAUGAUACAGAACAAUAACUUGACGGGCUUUCUACCUAGUGCCCUGUCCCCUAAAAUCACACGGAUUGAAAUGGGGAACAACAGAUUCUUUGGCAACAUACCAGAAUCUGCAACCGGCCUGCGUUCGUUCGAAGCAGAGAAGAAUUUGUUCUCCGGUGGGCUACCUGCGGACAUGACAAUGCUUGCCAACCUUACUGUUUUGAACCUUGCCGGGAACCAGAUUAGUGGAUCCAUACCAACAUCCAUCGGAGCCCUUGAGAGGCUUAAUUCCCUCAACCUCAGCAGCAACCAGAUAACUGGAGAGAUCCCGGCAGGAAUCGGAUUGCUCCCGGUGCUCAUCGUCCUCGAUCUCUACAACAACAAACUCAGUGGUAGCAUCCCGGAGGACUUCAACAACAACCAUUUCUCCUUCCUGAAUCUCUCGUCUAAUCAGCUCACCGGAGAGGUGCCAACCGCACUACAGAGCCCAAAGUACAACAACGUCUUCCUGGACAACCCUAGCUUGUGUGCGGAAUCAAACUCUGGCCUACCCCUGCCCCCGUGCUCCCGUAAUUCUUGGAGAAAGAUCAUCUUGUCAGUUGCAGCUCUCUUCAGCUUCAUUGCAGUUUGUGUUGGGUGGAGCAUCUACAGGCGCAAGAAAGACCGUAAGGAUGUUACAUCGUGGAAGAUGACACCAUUUCAUGCUCUGGAUUUCACCGACCACGACAUACUCAGCAACAUCAGGGAAGAGAACUUGAUCGGCAGAGGUGGGUCAGGAAAAGUCUACCGCAUCCAUCUCGGCAGCCAGAAGGCAGCAGGGAAAAGCGCUGAUGCGGCCGGUGGCCACUCAACAGUGGCCGUGAAGAAGAUUGGGAACGCUGGCAAGCCGGACGGUGAUAUCGACAAGGAGUUCGAAGCGGAGGUGGCAUCACUAGGUGGUCUCCGUCAUGGCAACAUCAUCAACCUCCUCUGCUGCAUCUCCGGCGACGACACGAAGCUGCUCAUUUACGAGUACAUGGAGAACGGGAGCCUGGACAGGUGGCUGCACCGGCGCCGCCGCAAGAUUGGGCCGCCGCUGGGCUGGCCCACCAGGCUGAGCAUCGCCAUGGACGUCGCCAGGGGCCUCAGCUACCAUGGCUUCACGAGGCCGGUCAUCCACCGUGACGUCAAGUGCAGCAACAUCUUGCUGGAUCGCGAGUUUAGAGCCAAGAUCGCCGAUUUCGGGCUCGCCAGGAUCCUUGCCAGGGCCGGCGAGUCGGAGCCGACGUCGAGCGUCUGCGGGACAUUCGGUUACAUUGCUCCAGAGUACGUGAGCAGGGCGAAGGUAAGCGAGAAGGUGGACGUGUACAGCUUCGGCGUGGUGCUGCUGGAGCUCGCCACCGGGCGGGGGCCACAGGACGGCGGCACGGAGUCCGGCAGCUGCCUGGCAAAAUGGGCGUCGAAGAGGUGCGGGAACAGCAACCCAUGCGUGGACCUGAUCGACGGCGAGAUCCGGGACCCGGCCUACCUGGACGACAUGGUGGCCGUGUUCGAGCUCGGGGUCGUCUGCACCGGCGAGGACCCGUCGUCGAGGCCGCCGAUGAACGAGGUCCUCAACCGGCUCAUCCAGUGUGGCCGGAGUCAGAUGACCCUUGACGAUGACGACCACUAUGCCAAAGACUUGUGUGGCGACGAUUCUUUUGAGUUUAUGGUAUGACGUGGCCUUGUGAUCUGGUACAGUAGCAAUCAGAGGCACCUCAGGCCUUGCAAAUUGCAAUCGCUAUCCAGCUUAUUCGU